GAGAGAGAGAGAGAGAGCUGCUGAGAGCAAUGACGAUAGUGGUGGACAAAGUUCUAGAGGAUCAGGUAGCCCAGGGAGUAAACGCGUUGGUCCAAACUGUAGCAUACAACGUGAAGUUGGUUCGUGGCAUAGAUUCUGAGAUUAAGGAUCUCACCUCCGACAUCCAAACCUUUAGCGCCAGGCUUAUAGAAGCUUCCAAGAACUCAUGGGCCAAUGAUCACCAGGUUUUGAGAGUUGUUGUCAAAAAAUUCGGAACUGUUGUGAAUGAAGCCCAGGAUACGAUUGCCGACUACCUUGCACUGAAGGGGAAGCAUGUAGACAAUGUCUUCUCAAAAUCUUUGGAUAAGAUUCCAUUUUGUGGAAAGAUCAAGGAUUUUGCGAGUGAGAUCCAGUCCAUAAGGGCUAAGCUGGCAAAGAUUCGGCAAGACCACGGAAAAGAACUUCUACACCUCAUGACGUAUAAAAUCAAUGAACAAAACAAGGGUCUGCUAACUCUCCAGGUUCGACCAACAGUAGAGAAAGACAAGGUAUUUGGAUUUGAAAAUGAUAUGAACACCAUAAAGGGUUUUAUAGAGGCACCCGAUAAUUUUAUUGUCAUCCCAAUUGUGGGGAUAACUGGAUCUGGAAAAACUAUACUUGCCUCGAUGAUUUUCGAAGAGCAAAAAUGCAUUCCCGAAAAUUUCAACAAGUGCAUUUGGGUUAAUGUUUCACAAGGUUUUGAUAGAAAACAAAAAUUCAUUGACAUCAUCUAUCAAAUUACCAAUAGUAGAGAAGACAUUAGCACGAUGACUGAAGAAGGGUUGGCACGGUGAAAUAUGUGAACUUCUAAAGGAUGAAAAGUACUUUGUUGUAUUGGAUGAUGUACGAAAAAAAGAAGAUUGGGAUUCUUUUAAAGUUGUAUUCCCUACAA